CUCGCGAGAGAAAAGUCGAACUUCUCAGCCUACUACCUGAGCUCCGGGCCACCGCCCUACCCGCGCCGACCCGGCGUCGCUUUAGCCAGAAGCGGGAGUGCGUUUAGGCGAGAUCAUGGCGACACUCGGCGACCUACCGGACUCGGUCUUGCUGGAAAUCUUCUCUUACCUCCCGGUCCGGGACCGGAUCCGCAUCUCCAGGGUCUGUCACCGCUGGAAGAGACUGGUGGACGACCGGUGGCUGUGGCGACACGUGGACCUGACGCUGUACACGAUGCGGCCUAAAGUCAUGUGGCACCUCCUUCGCCGGUACAUGGCAUCCCACCUCCACUCCCUGCGGAUGGGUGGCUACCUCUUCUCUGGCUCCCAGGCCCCCCAGUUGUCCCCCGCCCUGAUGAGGGCCCUGGGCCAGAAGUGUCCCAACCUAAAACGCCUCUGCCUGCACGUGGCUGACCUGAGCAUGGUGCCCAUUACCAGCCUGCCCCACACCCUGAGGACCCUGGAGCUGCACAGCUGUGAGAUCUCCAUGGCCUGGCUCCUCAAGGAGCAGGAUCCCACUGUACUGCCCCUGCUUGAGUGCAUUGUGCUGGACCGCGUCCCCGCCUUCCGCGACGAGCACCUUCAGGGCUUGACACGCUUCCGGGCCCUGCGCUCACUGGUGCUGGGCGGCACCUACCGGGUGACCGAGACAGGACUGGAUGCCAGCCUGCAGGAGCUGAGCUACCUGCAGAGGCUUGAGGUGCUGGGCUGCACCCUCUCAGCCGAUAGCACCCUGCUGGCCAUCAGUCGCCACCUCCGAGACGUGCGCAAGAUCCGGCUGACUGUGAGGGGCCUCUCUGCUCCUGGCCUGGCAGUCCUGGAGGGAAUGCCAGCUCUGGAGAGUCUGUGCCUGCAGGGUCCCCUCAUCACCCCAGAAAUGCCCUCUGCCACUGAAAUCCUCUCCUCCUGCCUUGCCAUGCCCAAGCUCAAACUCCUCGAGCUGCAGGGGCUGGGGUGGGAGGGCCAGGAGGCUGAGAGGAUCCUGUGCAAGGGGCUGCCCCACUGUAUGGUCAUUGUCAGGGCCUGCCCCAAAGAGUCCCUGGACUGGUGGAUGUGACUGCUCCACCUGUUCCUGUUGAGCCCUAGCCUCUGAAUGAACAGUGCUGCUCAGUCCUUCAUGCACAGACUCCUAUUAGCAGCCCAGUGAGGAACGUACAGAUGAAGAAACUGAGGCACAGAGAAGGGAAAAAAACAAAAACAAAAAACUGUCCUUCUCUGUGGUCCAGCAGACCCCCAAAGGGAGAGAGAAAAGGCAUAACCUGAAGUUCAGUUCCUUCUUCGAGACUCACUCGUCAGGUUAAUUCGUACGGGUGUGAGUGCUCAGAGAUGGAUCAGUAUCGACAUUUCGGCUGAAAUUCCCCCAACUUGGAAAUAGGAAGCCAGAGGAAUGGAGUUUCCUCCCUAACUCAGACUAAGAGAUGCAUACCAUCCUGGUCAAUUUCUCCCACAAAAUAGGAUCAUAACUUACAGAGUUCUAUGACUUGGUUUUUUUCACUAAACACUAUAUUAUAGAUCCCCCCACCCCCACCCCAUGUCAGUCCUUGCAGAUUUAUCUCCUCCUCACAAACAUUCUGUUGUGUGACUGUACCAUAAUCUGUUAUCCAAUUACCUGUUGAUGGACAUUUGUGUUGUUUGCAAUUCUGGGCUAUUCUAAACAGCACUGGGAAUGAGUAAUAGAUGUGCAACAUAACCAGCGCCAUUUUAGACAAGCCCAAGUACAAAAUGGCGCCAUCCACCUCCUCCCCUCCCCUCCCCUGUUCUCUUUUACAAGAAGCCUCAUGGUUUUGGAGAAAAUGAAACUUUCAGCAUUUCCACAUGCGCAGAACUCUCCAUUCUCAUGACCUAACUCAAUCCCCACCCUGGAAUUACAUCACCCAGCUCUUGGUGCUAACAUACCAAUAUAAGCUCCCACCACCCUAGGUUAGCUGCUGUCCCCCAUUUUCAGGGCAGCCCCGGGCUGUCCUCCAUUUUGAGUACAGCCCAGCAGUUUUCUUUCUUUAAUAAAGCUUGAACAG